UAGCUGCAGCACGAUAAGCCACACCGCCACGCCAAUCUGACGAAGACUGGGCGUUACGAGUUUCUGAGCUUGCAUUGCAUAUUGUAGGAAACUGGAACGUGGUACUUGACAGUGGUUGGGUACAAACGUAACGCAGUUUUGAGACCCCACUCCGUGCGUUACAUACGGGUGUAGGUCGGUGACAAAUGAACGGUAUUCGCAAAAAAAAAAAACGACCGCAAUCCACGGUUCUCUCGCGGUGUUGGUCGAUGACCAAAAGCUGGCAGACGAGAGCAAGUACAUGCAGGCUUUUAACAGUUGUUUUAGCGCCGCUGAGCAAUUUGGGUUCUCCGUUUGCCUGGGAAAAAGGAGUAUUAUACAGCUCCGGUUUCCUGAUCGGUCGUUGGUACGAUUCGAACGAAUAUAAACUAAAACCAGCGAUUGCCGCCAACAUAUUCUAUACAGAUAGGUUGAUCUUUUGACACGUUGACGAAAUUUAGUAGUUUAACUUGACCACGAAAACUGGAAACGAAAAAUGGAGGACUCGCAGAAGAAAGUGUUCUUAAUAUUCUUGGGGAUGUCACAGGCCAUUGCAAUUGUUAUGGUGGUUCUUGUAAUUGUUUGGACGUCAAAAACAUUGGAAGGAUUUGCUUGGGAUGGAACAUCUAAGGAAUUUAAUUUACAUCCAUUAUGCAUGAUAUGUGGAUAUAUACUCUUAUAUGGAGAAGCGAUUCUAUCUUUUCGUGUUUUUUCUCAACAUGAUAAAAGGUUUGUCAAAGUUAUACAUGGCUUUUUCCACCUUAUUGCAUUCGUCACAGCAGUUGUAGGUAUUGUUGCAGUAUUUGAUUUUCAUAAUUCAUCAAAACCUCCUAUUCCCAACAUGUACAGUCUUCAUAGUUGGUGUGGAAUGAUUGCUUUUCUAUUAUUUUGCUUGCAGUAUGUGUUUGGAUUUGUGACUUUCUUGUUUCCGGGACUCGCAUUGGCACAUCGACAGUUUUACUUGCCUAUUCACAAGUACUUUGGACUGAGUAUUUUAUUUAUGAUGGCCAUGGCAUCAAUAAGCGGAAUCACAGAAAAGCUAUUUUUCAAGUUUCCAAGCGGGCAAUAUUCUAAACUGCCGUAUGGGGCAGUCAUUGGUAAUUGCCUCGGACUUUCGAUUCUAGCCUUUAUCAUGGUUGUUGGAUACAUUGUUUAUAAUCCAAAAUGGAAACGCGAAGAAGAUUCAGAGAAUGAACCAUUAUCUGUUCAUUUCAAACCUAUUUCAACAAAUGAUGAUGGAAGCGAUGAUGAGUAGUUAUACUGUAUUUUUAUUUUAUUUCACCCAGUUACAAGGUAUUAGCUGUGUUAUACCAACUAGGUAUAAGAUUCAGAUGUAAAGGUGAAUUCCUGUUCAGGGAUCUGCAAAUUGAAUCCGAAUAAUUUAGUAUUCUGAAUACAUUAUGAAAUUAUAUUUUGAAAUUAGAUAUAUGGAGUAUAUUUUAAUAUGAGUCAUAUUCAACAUAUAACAUAACAUAGGGGUAUAAGGGUAUAAUUUUUCAAUGAGUUAAGUGAAGGCCUUUGGCUUCAUAUAUAGUAUCUAAUUCACUAUGAUACCAAAUUUUCAAAUGUAAAUAUUCUAAAUUAUACGUAAAAUUAAGAGUUAACUAUACCACUCAUGUUCAAUAUUGAUUGUAUUGUAAUAUUCGCUUUGACGUCCGCGAUUUUUACCAAGCUAUUUUUGUGUAUAUGUGGCACUGUAUUCUGUG